AUGGCGCGGGCUGCUCGCUGUGGACGGUGCAGGCGGGGCGUGCUCCUCGCCUUCGCCGCGUGGACCGCGGGCUGGGUACUUGUGGCGGCGCUGCUGCUCCGCGCGCACCCGGGAGUCCUCUCGGAGCGAUGCACAGACGAGCGGAGCCGGAGCAUCCUGGCCGCCCUGUGCCAGGACUACCAGGGUGGCUGGCUCAUGGGCAACCUGUGUGAGGACCUGUGUGUGGCAGGGGAGCUGCUGUACCAGCGCUGUUUGUACUAUGAGCAUGGCAAGAAGGUUCUGCAGGCCCAGUGGCAUGGCCGGCCCAUCAUUCUCAAGUCCAAGAGGGAGGCUUUCUCCAGUUUCCCAGCCCUUGGCCUGUUGGAGGUGGAGACAGGAGAGGGAGCUCAAGGUGUGCCUGAAGCAGAGCUCCUCCUGAUUGUGGCUGCAGAGGUCAAGAAUGCCUUAGGCCUGGAGCUGCCCAACAGCAGUAUGGGACCCUUGUGGCCAGGCCAUCGGGGCCCUGGCUGGAGGCGGCAGCUGGCCAGUGCAUGGUCCCUGCUGCAGCAAGAAGAGUACGUGUACUUCAGCCUGCUGCAGGACCUCAGCCGCCACGUCCUGCCUGUGCUGGGCUCUUGUGGCCAUUUCUAUGCAGUGGAGUACUUGGCAGCUGGCAGCCCCCACCACAGUGCACUCUUUCCCCUGGAAGAGGCUGCCCCUUGGGGUGACCUGGCCCAGGCCAAGGCUAUCAGCCACAUUGCUCUCAGCUUCUUGGACAUGGUGAGGCAUUUUGAAAAUGACUUCUCCCACCGCCUCCACCUCUGUGACAUCAAGCCUGAAAACUUUGCCAUAAGGAGUGACUUUACGGUGGUGGCUAUUGAUGUGGACAUGGCCUUUUUUGAACCGAAAAUGAGAGAGAUCCUUGAACAAAACUGCACAGGGGAUGAAGAUUGCAAUUUCUUUGACUGUUUUUCAAAAUGUGACUUGAGAAUAAACAGGUGUGGUGCUCAGCGUGUCAACAGCAACCUUCAGGUCAUCUGUGACAAAAUAUUCCACCAUUGGUUCUCAUCUUCCAGGAGUCCCGCCGUGUCCUUCCCACUGCGGCUGCAGUUAGAGCAGGCGGUGCAGGAGUGCGCAGGCUCCUCAGGCCUCAGCUGGAGCUCCUGGAGGGCGGCCCCACACGUGUUCUGGAAGCUUCGCAGGCUCCUCCAGGCCGCACUGAGGGAGCUGCAGGACUCAGAGGAGUAGCCACUGUCUGGCCUGAAACCUGCUCGCGUGGGAACUGUGACCUUCGAGGGCUUUUCUCUGCAGUUGUUCUGGAUGAGACAUUUUCACCGUGCAGUAAGUUAUCCCUCAGUACUGUCGAGUCUCCCGAAGCACACAGUUCUACAGUAGUGAGAAGCGCCUCCGUGCCACCCGCUGGCACCUUCUUGUCUGGUCCUGAUUUCUGCCCCAUCUCCGUUUGGAAAAUGAACCGGCGGGGGGUGGGAGGGGCGUGCAGGAGCGUUUUGCUUUCAGGAGGCUCUCAGCAAACACAAACUCCGAUGUGCAAGACUGCAGAAAGUACUUCCACCUGACAGCAGAGCAAAAGGAGUCCAGCUGCUCUUUCCUAGAAACCAUCACUGCAUUUAAGAAACUGUGUGCACACGAAGGGGUGUGCAGUGCAGAUGAGUGUGAGCACAAGACUGCGGCUGUGCAUCUCAUGUGUGAAUAUCCAUGUAGGUGUGCUCAUGUGAGUGUCCAUGUGCAUGUGAAUAUGUGCAUAUGGGUGUGUUAAUGUGGGCUUGUGUCUGUAUGUGCCACAUGACUGCCAGCGACUGCAUGUGUGACGGUGCUCCCCCUUAUGAGAAUGUUGGCAGCAUAUGCACACAGGAACACGGGUGUGCGUGUGCAGCAAU